AUGCCGAAACCUGAUCAGACUGACUACACCUGGAUGAAAAAGUUGGUCAACGUCAAAGCCUCAGACUGGGGUGUUGAGUACGCUACGGAUCGAGGCUUCCUGGAGAUCUUGAAGUGCUACUUCACUUGGGAGAACUCGGUUGUGGGCCUAGUGCAUGAAGAGGCAUUUUGGCAAGGACUGGCAGUUGGCGGUUCCGACUGGUGUAACAUGUGCUUGGUGCACAGUAUCCUGGCAAUGGGCACGAAAGUGUAUGGCAUGUUCCACAUCGACAGCGUCGGCGAGCCGGAGCGAGCGGCACUGAACGAAGCGAUGCUGUUAUGGGACGAGCAAGUACGGUCACCAAUUCCUGCCAAUAUAUCUGCCGGUCUAGUCAUGCGUGAGACACUGGCGUCGAAUGGGGAGGAUCUUUCGGGUCAACCCUACCUCGAAGAAGCCAUGCAUCUCGCUUCUCGGUCCGGUCUGUUCGACCCUUCACGCGCAGUCCAUAUGUACGAUCAGACUCAACCCGGUCAGACGAGGCAGCGAGCUGAAUUCGCUUGGGCGGUGUAUGCACAUCAUGGUAUGCUAAGCAGCAAAUUCGCGGCUCGAGCCGCUCUCUGGCGAGUUGGGAAUUCCAUCAUCCCUCUCCUCCACAACAUCAGCGAGGACCCCGGCUCGAUUGAAGUCCACUGGCCAGAGACCGUCUCCUUGUUCAAUCAGCUCGAGACAUGGUUUGCGAACCUCGAACCUCGCAUGAAUACCUUGCACGCCACACCUCCGCACAUCCUCUGGUUACACGCCGACUACCACCGCUGCACAAUCGACCUCUUCCACCCCUUCCUCCCCAUCCACCCCCCCACCUCCCUUGCUCACACUGCAACAUCCCACUCCACGACCCAACUCCGCCUCCUAACCCACCAAAUCGAACUUCAAUACCCCCGUUUCCCCAUCGCGUUCUCCGCACUCCUCAGCCCUGUACUUCACGUCGCAACCUCUACCUUCCCCGAAGCAGUGGCUCUCGGGCCCGACGGCGACGAGCACUUCUACCUCUGUCUCUGUCUGCGUCUCAUGGCGCGUAUGGCGGGUGCGUACCCGGUGAUGAGAGGACUGAUGAGAGGUCUGGUCGGCCAGGCAGAGGGUAGUGGGAUGGAAGUUCCAGCCGAGGUGCGUGAGAUUGUGAGGAAAAUGGAGAAAGCGGCAAAAGGACUGAAGGAAGGGGAGAUGGAGGAGAGAUUUCCGGUCUUGUUGGAGUUGUCUGAGUUGGAGGGGGAGAGGUCGGACGGACGGGGUUUGGUGGAGCAGGCGGGAAGAUUGUCUAUUAUUUGA